AUGGCCACACAUGCCACCCACACUCCUCUCAUCUUGCUGUUGCUUGUGUCUUUGCUUUUGACACAUGUAUGGGCUAUAUCUCAACAAACUCCCUACGCAGCAGUUCUCUCAUCUUCAAGUCUCAGAAAGCUCUCGAAUGGAGACACAUUGGUUGGAGUACACACCUUUUUGACCCUCUUCGUGUGGAAGGACAGGGUAUUUAACAAUGUGUCCACAUCUAAUUCGUUCUUUUCUGAUUGGCUCGACAAACUCAAUUCUUCAUCAAGUGCUAUUGUUUUGACACGAGACGAUUUUAUUCAACUGAUGAUGAAGAAAAAAGGGGAGAUAACACAAGUAGGCACCUCCAUCAAAAUUGGAAUCGAAAACCACAACUUUGCCUCUUUUAAUGAGAUGCUGAAAUUUCAUAACUUGACAUCUGACACGUUACCCAUAACUGUUCGCAAAAUGAGGGUGUGGUCAGAGCCAUGUAGAAUAGGUAACGUAUUUGAACAACACGAUGCUGUUGUUAUGGAUCCUUAUGAUUUUGCUUUUUACUUGAGAACAUACAGAGAUCGAACACAACAGUCUACAACAGCAUCUCAAAAUUACCUCAAUACUAAUGAUUUCAUUCCAAUUCCUUUGAUUCCAAACACACUGAUAGUGAAGAGUGCUAAAAAUACAUGGUCCGACAAUACCAAUCUCCUCCAAAAUCAAACCAUGGGUUUAAUGUUUGAUUACGCGGAUAUGACAUGUCUAAAUGCUGACGUAGCAGAUGCACAAACCUAUCGAUUCUUGACAGGGUACUCUAAUUUCACUCAACAAGAUGCAGAGUUAGUUCGAUAUAUCUCUCGAAAAGCUAUUUCCUACGACUGGAGAGUGUAUAACCAUUACAUGCCUUUAUUUCUAGCCUCACAUAACUUGACUUCACCUAAUUGGAACUUGAAUGCUGUCGUAAGCUCUCUAUUUCCUUCCACAUGUCAUCCAUGUGGUACUGAUACUCUUUGUCUCUCCAAGAUCUUCCGGCCUGAAACAGAUUCUGGUAUAUUUCCCCAAUUCAUAAUUUUCAUACUCUAUUUCGUGCUAUUAUUUGCAACAGGAAGCUACAAAAUUCCAGCAUUUAAGAGAAGACUUCUUGUUCCUUACACACCAUUACUUCUAUUUAUUGUAUUUUUAAUGUUUUGCAAUUUUUUAGUGAGACUUUGCUCUCCAAUAUUCCAUUUUGUUUCAAUGAUCAUUUAUACAUGGUUUUUCCUAAUCUAUUUCUUUUCAGUAGUGCGAUUUUAUUAUUUGAGAAAUUUAUAUACAUUUAUUUCAAAGUCAAGGCAUAAAAAAUUGCUCAAAAUAUUGGCCACCAAUCGAGUUGGGUUGUUCAUCACAGGUUUUCUCUCAUUUAUGAUGAGUGUAGUAUUUUCUUCGAUUGGAAUUUAUAUUUUCUUUGGAAAUUCUAUUGAGGAGACUAAUACUUUCCGAGUAAUAUUUUUAUUCGUAAUUAUUAUUUUGGGCAGCAUACUUGCCUUAAUUGCAAUAUCAUUUGACAUUUUUGUAAAUAGAAAGAAGAUUAGACAAAAAGGGCUUUUUACUUUUCUAUUAUUUGACGACCCUUUUUAUGUGCGUAUUGAUUUAAUUUCCAUUAGCUUGGUCAUCAUUGUGGCCAUUCUUGUAAUAUUGGGCAACACUAUACCCGGAUUAGCAGAAGCAGCUACUUCAGGAGGUGCCAGCGCCAUACUCAACACAGUUCUUUGUAUUUGCUGUGUCAUGUUUUGUGGAGGAACAACACUCACCAUUGAAAUUGUCAAAAAGCUUAGAAAUCGAAAUGCAAAGAAAACCUCGACCGAACUUCAAGAUUUGCUCGCAGAAAAUAUUGACCUCUUGGAAUUACUCAAAGAAUAUGCCUCUAAAGAAUUUAGUAUUGAAAAUAUUGAACUCUUUUCAUUGUUGAAAUCCAUCAAAAGUGAAACGGUCUCACUUUCACAAUUAGAAGACAUUGAGAAGGAUUUUAUUGCUAAUUUUUCGAAAUAUGAAAUUAAUUUACCAUCCAGCACAAAACAUCACUUUUACAAGCUUCUUGAAGAGUGCAGAAAUGCAAAUCUCCAACAAGUAUCGACACAGAAAUUGUUCGACGUGAUUUGGAACGAAUUAAUCAUCAACAUUUUGGACACCUUUGGGCGCUUGGAACAAACAGCUCAAUAUAAGGAAUGGCUAUCGAUCAAGACAAUGCAAGAGAAUAGAGGCCUGAAAUAA